AUGGAUGAAAAAUUCGAGGUGAAGCACACUCCAACCAACGAUAAUCCCGAACUUGACCCCGAGCAAGUUAUCUUGGAUUCACUUAAAGUCAAUUUGGCAUCUGAUUGGUCAAAGAAAUAUACAGCUGAACCUCACUUGGCUGGAACCAACUAUGGGUUGGUCGAAUGGACCGAAGAAAAGUUUAAAGAGUUUGGUUUUGAAACUACAAUUGACCCGUAUGAGAUUUUGGUGAGUUACCCUAAAGACCACGACUUAAAGCUACUUGAUUCUAAGGGAGAGGUUGUAUACACAGCACCAUUGAAGGAAGACGUCAUCGAUGAAGAUCCAACUACUCACAAUGGCACUGUUCCAACCUUCUUGGGUUACGCAGCAAACGGAAACGUAACGGGUCAAUAUAUCUAUGCCAAUUACGGUACCAAGAAGGAUUUUGAACUCUUAGAAGAAAAUGGUAUCGAUGUGAAGGGCAAAAUUGUGGUUGUACGUUACGGUAGAAUCUUUCGCGGAUUAAAGGUCAAGUUUGCUCAAGAUUUAGGGGCUAUUGGUGUUUUGAUUUACUCUGACCCUGGUGAUGAUUUUGGGUUGACUCCUGCUAAUGGUUACGACCAAUACCCCAAGGGUCCAGCAAGACAAGAGAGUUCGGUCCAACGUGGAAGUGUCCAGUUCCUUGGAGGCGAAGGAGCUGCACCCGGUGACCCAACUACUCCAGGAUAUCCAUCCAAACCAGAUGCCGAGAGAAAAGACCCUCAUGAUAGUAUUGGUAAGAUCCCUGUGUUGCCUAUUUCAUACCGCGAAGUCAAGCCAAUUUUGCACAAGUUGAAUAAACACGGUGCUAAGAUUGACGGCUUCAAAGGUGAGUUGGAUGGGUUUGACUACUCCACUGGACCUUCACAGUACGAGUUGAAUUUGUUCAAUGAGCAAGACUACAAGAUUACCACUUUGUGGAACGUUUACGGUGAGAUAAAAGGAGAAAAGUCUAACGAAGUAAUUAUCCUUGGAAAUCAUAGGGAUGCUUGGAUUAAGGGCGGCGCAGGUGAUCCAAACAGUGGUUCUGCAUCAUUAUUGGAAGUUGCACGUGCUUUGGGAGAUUUGAAAAGAGCUGGUCACAAGUUCAAGAGAACUAUAAUCUUGCAAAGUUAUGAUGGGGAAGAAUACGGGUUGUUAGGUUCCACCGAGCAAGGUGAGUAUUUCGCCAAGAAGUAUCAACGCGAAGUUGUUGCUUACUUGAAUGUCGAUGUUUCAGUGAGUGGAAAGAAUUUUAACUUGGAGUCAUCACCAGUGUUGAACGAUUUAAUCUUUGAAACUGCCAAAAAAUUGGAAUACCCAGAAGGAGGCACCUUAUACGAGCACUAUGUAAAACGCCAUAAGGGUGAAAAUAUUCCUACUUUGGGUAGUGGUUCUGAUUACACUGUCUUCUUGGAACACUUGGGUAUUCCAGCGCUCGACUUUGGAUUUGUUGGUGGAAAAGGGGACCCAAUCUACCACUAUCACUCAAAUUAUGACUCUUAUCAUUGGAUGGAAAAGUAUGGUGACAAGCAUUUCACGUACCACAAUUUAGCAGCCAAAUACUUGGCUUUGUUAGCAUUAGGUUUGAGUGAGAGGGAAGUAAUCCAUUUUAAUCUCCAUGACUAUGCUAAAGGCUUGUUGGACUACUAUCAACAAACUAUUCAUAAUGUGCCAAAGAAAUGGCUUGACAAAAAAGUCAAGGGACAUGACAAACAGUUUGACCUCGUUGAGUAUAACUAUAUUGAUGAGAUCACUCAAGGUCAUUAUUCUUACCCAAUUUGCAAACCAAUGCAGAUGGGAUUAACUAAUUCAUAUGCGCAUCAUUCCCACCACCAUGAAAACAAGACAUUGGGCGGUUUGAUACACCAUACCCACCACCAAUUGAAGUUCCUUGCUAACUCUACCGAAAAGUUUGACAUACAAUCCAGUGAGUUGCAAAAGGAACAUGAUUUGAUUGAUGACUUGCCCCUUUGGAAGAGAAUUAAGUUGCAUUUCCAAAUUAAGGGCCACAACAAGGGUUUGCAGUACUUUGAGCGCAACUUUUUACACUCAAAGGGAUUACAUAAGAGACCAUGGUUUAAGCACAUUGUGUUUGCUAGUGGAAGAUAUACUGGAUAUGCUGGUCAAAACUUGCCAGGCUUGAAUGAAGCCAUUGAAGACGGUGAUUUUGAUAGGUUUGUUGAUUGGUUACAAAUUUUGGAAAGCACUGUUUCUAGAGUGGGCAACAUUUUGUUACAUCCAGAAGACGCCACAAGGCUCCCUAUUUGCGACUUGUGCAAGGAGCCAACCAAUGUAAUUGGUGGAAGUAUCUACCGAGAAAUUACCCACAAUGUUUUGGAAUCAAGCAAAGAUUCAAACACCAGCGAGUCAUCGUUAAGUGAAGAGGAAAUAGAGAUACCCACAGAAGUAGCCACUCCUGUAUUGCUGCAAAAACAUUCAAAAGCCUUAUUUAGCACUCCUACAAAACAAGAGAAAAACACCCAACUCAUCACACCACCAUCAACGACACAUGGAAUUGACUAUGAACAGUUAUUAUACAAUCCCAACAUCACUUGUACGAGUGAGAUGCACCCAAUAAAACUCAACGAAAGCCUUGAGAUCAGCUACGUGUUGAACAUCAAACCACCCACCAUCUACAACUACCCUAACCCUCUGUUUAGUAUCAUUGAGCAGCAAUUGAAAUGGAAAGUUUCAGGUUAUAUCAGUCAACGUUUACGCCCAAGUGAAGAUCUUGGGGAAUUGAUUAUUUUUGACAAGAUGAAGAUCAGCGUUGAUGGAGAGGCUUGGGAUGAUUCAUGCAUAUACUUGUUUAGCAAGUACUUGUUGUUGUAUAGUGAUGAACAUGAUGCUCUAGCAGGUCAAAUAUCAAUAGAGGAUAGCUUUGGCUCGGCAAAUCUAAGUGAAGGGGUGUUGAACUUGAAUUUAGCCGAGAGUACUUUACCUGAGUUGUACAUUUACAACGAGUUUAGUCAAACCAUUACAGAAAAAUGGAGUUAUGUUGUGCAAAAGUUGAUUGAUAAGCAACAAGCAAUAACCAAUUUGUUCCAAUUCACUAGCACCUGCUGGCUAGAUCUUGAAAUUGAAUAUGGACUUGAAAUUCCAAACAAUUUGAUACUUUUCAACAACUUGUUGCUCCAAAGAGGCGAGUUGCCCAAUUUGUACAUGUCAAAAAUUUUACCUUAUCCACAACAACUAGUGUUGAAUCUUGUGGUGGCAGUGCCCUUGUUCAACAAAACAAAGUUGUCCAAUGAUGAUUAUCUUUGUUGGUUGCAAAAUUUGCUUAGCAAAAUCAGGUCUACACUAAGCGCCCUUGAUAAGAUGGCAAUUAUAUUCCUUGGGGUUGAUGGGUUGCAUGAACCCAAGAGAAGUGGAACAUUCGUGGGGUGUGUUGUAGCCUCGUGGGAUGGUUGGAGUGGUCUAAUUAACGAUAUUAGUCUUGUCACAAAUACCUUCGGAAGCAAUUAUCAGGAACUAAAAGUGGCUCUUGAAAAGUGUGCCGAUCUAUAUCCUUUCAUUUCCUGUCAAGAAAAUUCAAUUAAUAAGAUACUUGUAAUAAGCUGUGGUAACUACAAAGACACUCCUCAAGUGUGUUCAAAAUUGGAUAAGGAUGGGAUCAAAACAUUUUCAUUGACAAUACUUAGAGUUGGUUCUCAUUUGGAUUUAUUUGAUGAUGUACAAGUUUUUUCCAAGUUUGAGUACGGAGAUGACUCGGUGCUUCGAUUUGCAACUCCAAAUGAGCUUUCAAUGUCAAUUGAGCCGUUGAUCAGACGGAUAAAGAGCGUAUGCGUACCUUACUUGCAGAUUGAGCUUCAAACAGAGAAUAAUACUACAAUUUCAUCCAUGGAAUUGAUUGGCUCAAUGGAGCUGAUGAUCUCGCUGUCUCAAAUUAUUUGGUUCCGAGGAAUAACUCCAUCCUAUGAGCGAAAUUUUCUUGUCACAUUCAAAUUGAGAGGAUGCCAGCAAAAUCAAAGUCUUCUUCAGGUUCCUAUAUUCAAAUACACAGCCACAUGGCGUGACAACAAAAUGAAAAAGACUGUGUAUGCCAAACUUGAUACGGUUAGGUCCCCACUGACACCUGCAUACACUGAUACAACAAAGGUGAGUGAAGCCACGAAUGCUGGUUCUGUUGAAAGAAAUCACCCAAGCAGUAUGUACUUUUUGGACAUUCCCCUAUUGCCCCCCUUGUCACCAAGAAGAGACGCCUCGUUUGCAAAACGACAAGCCGAGUUAUUAAUAGUUCAGUACUUGCGCCAAGCAAUUUCCGGCAAAAGUGCAUCCUCCUUAAAGGCUUGUAUUUCAGUGGCUUAUGGCUUAUUGAAAAGCAUCUCUCACACUUUCGAAGCUGAUAACAUUACACAAACAAUGGAACCCAACACAGAUGCCGGUGAUGAUAACAUCUUGGAUCUAAUGGCAAUCACUAAAUCUGGUAAGUUGGAAAACCAAAAUCCAUUUCAAGUAGGUUCUGCUUUAUUGAGUUUGUCACUUGCCGGUUUAUCGCAAGGUGCCAAUUUGGGUGGUUUAGAUAGCGGUAAUCAGAACAGUGCUGAAACAACUGCCACAACAAAAACAACAAGUCAACAGACUCAACAGACUCAACAGACUCAACAAACUCAGCAAUCUCAGAAAUCACAACAAACUCAGCAAUCACAACAAACUCAGCAAUCACAACAAACUCAGCAAUCACAACAAACUCAGCAAACUCAGCAAUCACAACAGUCUCAACAGUCUCAACCAAGUGCUUAUAAUGCAGCAACUCCAGUCACCCAGAAUGAGUCUACAACAGUCUGGUGGACUCCAUCAACCACCGCUCAGACCUCUACUGCAACCACUGGCUCGCAGGGUUCUGUUAAGGAUCAAUCCACCAACACUGCUAAUACAUCAGGGUCAAACUCGGCCACUUAUAAUCAGUGGGGGUUCACUGGAAGCCAGUCCAUUUGGAGUGACACUACAUUGGCAUCAUCGAGCUCCAAGAGUACGGACUCCAGCUCUUCAUCUGGCUCCCAUUCUGGUUCAAGCUCGUCGACGCAUAGUGUCAACAGUACCUCAGAUGGAAUGAGGCUGCAAGUGUUUUACGAGAAGGAUCUCGGCUGGAAAAAGUUGGCAUUAGUCACUGGUGUUUUGGGAAUCAGUUUGGUAUUUAAUGUUUUAUAG